UCUUAAUAAUAAUCAAGAUGAACAGGACGAUGGUUGAGGUGAUACUGGAAUUGAAUUAUCACCUGAUCUUGUAUGUUUUUAUUCAAAUAUUUUUACGUUCACGUACAGCUUUUACAGCACUUCCAUCAUUACCAUCAUUAGAUGCAUAUUUCAUUAAGAAAUUGGUUUGUAUUUAUUUGUUUAUUUUAAUUAUUAAGACGUGAAGCCCAUUCACCAAAACUAUUUUAUCCAGCAGUUGGACUAAAAUUAGAAGAAUUAGCUCGACGUCGUCAAAUCGCUUAUCGUUUAAAAAAUAAUGGAAAAUUUCAAAAUCAACAAUCAAUUGAAAUAUCAAAAAAUGAUGAAAAACGUUCAUGUGAAUUAGCUGCUUAUUUUACUCAUUUACAAUUACAACCAAUAUAUAAAAUCAUGACAUUAAAAUCUUCACUUAAUCAAGCAUUUAAGUUAACAAAUUAUAAAACUGCAACAACUUUACCAAACACACUAAAAGUAUUAAGUGUCUGUGAAAAAAAUCCAACUGAUGAACAUCCAUUAAAUUAUGGUGAAUAUAAUCCAUUUAAUAUUUGUGCAGCGUCCUAUGUACCACAUUUAUCGUGA